AUGGUCGAAGUAUUCCGAGUCCCCUCCCUGGGCCACCACAUGUCCAGCUCCCCCGACAUCAUGGAGAUGUCCAGCCGGUUCAUGAACGCAAACCUGAGCUCCAUCCAGGAGCACCACGAACAAACGGGGGGCAACAUGCAGACCGGAGAAGGAGCAUCAGGUAUCAAGAAUGGCGGCUUCCGUGCACCUCGGCGUGCCCUCAGUGUGACCGAGUCUCAAUUCCCGGCCGCUCCUGUCUCGCGUGCGAUCCAGACCCAACAACGUCUACUGACGCCCUCUCCGAGUCCACGGGAGCAGUCGAAUCCCGAGGCAGACUCAUAUUUCCAACUCCAAAACCAGACUGCCAUCACCUCGAUACCUACCUCCACACCUACGGCACCUAAGUAUACUUCCUCUCAAAUAUCUCGAAUCCCCUCGGGCAGAAGCCACCAAGCCGCCCAAGCCCUGCCCCAGCGGCCGUCUAUGCCAUCGCCACAGCGGUCAUACUCAGUUAUGGACUUUGAGCCGAUCCCGUUCACGCACCAGCCCGGCUCGACGUUGACGCUCCCGGACCUGCCGCCAGAGCUGCACUACGCCAUCUUCGACUACCUCGACCCGAUCGACAGCACGUGCCUCGGGCUGACGAGCAAGCACUUCUACGCGGUGCACCACCACAUGCACGGCGCGGUGUCGCUCGGGGCGCGGAGAGAGGGGCCCAACGACAUGGAGUGGGUGUGGCGGCACGCGGGGCCGUUCGUGUUCAGCAACGGUACGGCGGCGAACAGCAGCAACAAGCAGAACUCGCUGGCGAUGCUGUCGCCGCGCGGCCAGGUGUACUGCCGCAAGUGCCGCACGCAGCGCUGCGAGCUGCACAACCACAUCAAGGAGUGGAUGGGCGGCGACGCGGCCGAGUAUUGUGGUGUGACGCAGAAGUUUGGCGCGCCGGCGCGCAUCGAGGGCGCCAAAGGGUUCUGUCAUCGCAGCUCGCCGCGGCACCCGCAUCGAUGCGGCAGACAUACGCGCCAGCAGCGCACCGUUCGGCUUGUGUAG